AGUACUCUGUACUGUCAACAUACAUUGUUCACCUAAGCUGGUGUUAUCAAAGCCGAGAAAACAACUUGAAAUGGAAUCGCCUUUUAUGGUAGUCGCUGACGUGUUUCCCCAUGUUUUUCUUUUGUGUGUGUGCGCAACGACAACAAGAGAAACACGAUGGCUGAUCAGGAGCUGAGCAAACUGCCACACCAAGAAAUCAAACAAGAAAUGGAAAAUGGUAGUGUGAACGGGGCUCAGCAAGAGGAACGGGGAACUGUUAUUUGGAACUAUGUUCUUACCAACAGACUCAUUGAGUUAUGGCAAGAAAAGCCAUACUUAUAUGAUGUAAACUCGCUUUAUUAUAAAGACAAACAUAUGAAGGCAAAAGCUUUAGAAGAAAUAGCAAACAAGAUGGGAGUUACAGUGGAAGAUGUCAAAGCAAAGAUCAAAGGAGUAAGGAGCCAGUUUGUACGAGAAAAGAAACGUCUUCGGGACUGUGCGGAUGAAGAUCCACGACCAAGAUGGCCACACUAUUCAAAAUUGUUGUUUCUGGAGAACUUUAUUGUUGCCAAGCCACCGACCUCAACCUCAAAGAGAGACCACAGUGAAGAAGAUAAAGACUGGAUGGAUUAUGAGGAUCUACCGCAUGAUUACUUUGGCAAUAAGGAAUAUCAAACACAACCAGAACCAGUAGUACAUGCAGACGAAUUUCCCGAGCCGCCUGUACACCAGCCUGCCCCGCCCGCCCCGCCGGUAUCGCCAUAUUCCAUCUCCCCACGCCUUGCAAAACGUUUCAAGAAGAAAACAGACGAGGAUGCAAUUGUUCGUCGGUAUCUUUCCUUAAUUGACAAAGUAGACAAAGUAAAUGGGAACAAGCAGGAAGUACAGACUAAAACGGAUGACGAUGAUGAAAUAUUUGGAAAGUAUAUUGCAACAGAAUUACGAACCAUUCCAGAUCCUCACGUGAAACGCUCAGUUAAACUCCAGAUCCAUCAGGCAAUCUUCAAGGCACAUUCCUCGCUACAAUUACCAAACAUACCUCACGUCGUCAUGCAUUCAUCGCUACCGACCCAACGGAAACGACGCAAGAAUUACUCGGCAGUGAAUCAUGAUGACGGCCGGCAUGAGCCGAUUUAUUUUCCAAUGAACGAUGAUGAUCCAGCAUCAACGUCCACUUCAGUUCCAUCCUUGUCAGCUGAUAGAGGGAGUCCGUCUGUACUUGCAUCCGUAAGGAACGGAGAAGUUGAAUGAUUUAGAAUCGGAACCUAAAGCUGUACUCACACUAUAAAGUUUUCUGUCAUAAGUAUGUAUUUAUUCAAAUAAACGCCCAGGAGAUUUAUUGUUGAGACAGGUGUUCGAGGAAGCGUUUAUUCGUAGCAGGCAUUUAUUUGAGGGAUGCCUUUUUUGUGUAUAAAAUGGAUACAAUUUACUUAAAUAAAUGCCCUUCAGUUUGACUCAAAAAGUGGAACUAGAGCACAUAAUGACCGUUAAAAUGUAUUAUUGCUUAAUCGUAGACUUAUUGAUCCCAACCAGGUUGGGAAAAAAUGUAAUUCUACUGAACAUCAUUACAGUAGAAUGUGUUAACGAAUGAUGUUGCUUCCAUUAGAUUUAUAGUCAUUUAGGGGCGUUCGAUUGAGGAAAAAAAUAAACGCCACAGGGUUAUCCAAAUGAAGCGCUAGAAGGGAUGUUUUUUUCGAAUGGUGGGGGGGGGCGUUCAAAGCGGGGUGUUUAUUUGAAUAAAUACAGUAUGUGUGAUUUGCAUAUCUUGAUGUCAUAACACACCCAUUGUAAAUCACAAAAAGUGUAUAGUGUAAACAGAGCUUAACUCUCUAUACCAUAAAAUUGCAUUGUAAAUAAGAUGCAUCACAAUAAUUUUUUUUAAUGGGAACGAUGUUUAAUUGGUAAUUAAAAUAUUAAUCAUGAAUUAUGUAAUGCAAAUACACGCAAUGCCUUUUCCAGGUUGUUUACUUCUUUGCACUUAAGUGAUCUAUUUAAUAUUGUUUUAUUUUCAAACUUGCAGCAUUGGUGAUACCAACUGUUCUACAAAGGUGUAAUAUAAAUUUAGGAAACAAUUAAUUGGAAUGCUGACAUACACUGUAUUGGCCAAGCAUCAACAAAGAAUCCAUCUCGCUUUAUGUAAGAAUUUUACAUAAAAUCGUUGAAAGACCGUCUAAAUAUCGUCUUUGAAAACGAUAUAGCGUUAUCGUGCACAUCACAGUUUUAAUGAAAUCGUGUUGGCCAACACAGUGCGAGUCCAUCUUGACAGUUUGUACUAUAGUCUGCUGAAAUAGAUGUUAUAUUUUUAAAUUGUAUUUAUACACAAAAUAAUUAAUACUAAGUUGAUCAGUACCUAUUUUACACAAUGUUAUUAGUGUAGGUAGUGCGAAAGAGUGUAAUUGCGUAUUUAUGUUUAUAAUUUAUUAUGUAUAGAAAGGAAAUAAUUUAUUGAUCUUAAAUUUUGUGAAAAUUAAAAGUUAUAUCUGGUAACAGAUCAUUAAAAUGAAUCAUUUUAAUUAAUUUUAAUUUAAAGUACAGUAAAUUUUAGUGGUGUGUAUUCAUUUAAAUUAGCAAAAGUAAUUUGAUGCUUACUGCUGUACCAAUCAAUGUGUUUGAUAAAGCUGAACAAAUUUUUAUGAAAUUGAGUACUUUAGGUGUACUACUGUCACUUAAAUUUAGCGCUGCUCUUUAGAGCUUGCUUAGUGCUGUAAUCUAUUUGCUAAUAAUAAUCAGGGACAAACUUUCAACACUAAUUAAACCUUAGUUGAUCUGCAAAUUGGAGAAUAAAUAGAAAACAAGUUUUAAUACAACUCAUUCACCUCUGUUUACUUAUUAUCCAAUUAAGAUUUAAAUUUUAAUAUUUGUAUUAAACAUUAAAUAACAUCAGUUUAUGGGCAAAUAAAAAAAAAUUAAAAACAAAGCAUCUGAGGCGUGUUGUGGCAAA